AUGCUUCGCUCUGCCACUCGUUGGUUAGAACAGGGAGAACGUAGCAACAAGUAUUUCUAUCGUUCGAUCAAGGUGCGAGAGUCUCAACAGACAAUUCAAUCCUUAAAGUGCUCUACUACUGGAGAUAUCUUGGUGGAAGCAGCAGCUAUCAACAGGGAGGCACAAGGUUUUUACCAAAGGCUAUAUACCCCUGAUGCUGUCGAUGCUGAAGCUAUCGAUACUCUCCUGGGGAAUGUUCCAACUGAUUCUAAAAGUCCUGGUCUUGACGGUUUGCCUUUUGAAUUGUAUCAAUAUCUUGCUGGUGUUUCAACUGAUUUUCUUGACUUGCUUGUGGAUGUGUUGGGUGCAGCUUUUUCUGGUGUGUUUCCUCCUUCGUGGCAACAAACUCGUAUGGUCUUAUUGUUCAAGAAGGGUGACCCUCAGUUGUUGGUUAACUGGAGACCUUUGUCCUUAAUUAACAGUGAUGCCAAGUUAUUUACAAAGCUCAUUGCUAAUCGUAUGAACAAAGUGUUGCCAAAGUUAAUCAACCCUUAUCAAACUGGUUUUCUCCCUCAUCGUCUGAUCUCUGACAAUGGCUGGUUAAAUCAGUUGUUGAUGUCUCACUUGCGUGUUGUUGCUCCUGAUUUACCUCAAGUUGCUGUUUUGUUGGAUCAAGAGAAGGCGUAUGAUCGGGUUCAUCCUGAAUAUCUUUGUCGUGUGUUGCUCCGGUUUGGUUUCCUGAUUUCAGUGUCUAUCAAUGGUUGGCUUGGUGCUCCUGUACCUCAAUUGCGAGGUCUUCGUCAAGGUGAUCCUCUCUCUCCAUUGCUAUUCAAUCUGGCAUUUGAGCCUUUGCUUCGUUCUCUCCUUGCUUGUCCUGGUCUUUCUGGUGUUACUCUGUCUCCUGUUGAUAUCCCACGUAAAUGGAAGCCUUUACCGGUCGAAGUUCGUGUGGAUCAUGGUACUGGUGCCCGGAAUUGGACUUUGGACUUUGUUAGUGGCUCUGUUGCUCCUCCUCCUGUCAAGAUUCUGAGCUAUGCGGAUGAUCUUGAGGUGUUUUUGUCUUCGCCAGAAGAGUGGUCUGUGCUGUUGUCUGUUCUUGAUCUGUAUGGCCGAGCAUCUAAUGCGAAAGUCAAUAUCAGCAAGACAGUGUUGGUGUCGUUGUCUGGUGUGUCACACUCUGCUUGGGUUGCUUUGGCUGAUUCUACUGGUCUCCAGUGGCAUGACGCUCACUCUCGUGGUGCAGUACGUUACUUGGGUUAUCCCUUGUAUCAUACUGAAAGUCAACUUCAAGACUAUCUUGAUGGUGUCUUGGUGAAGGUCCAGCGACACAGUAACUUGUUGAAACAAAGGAAUCUCUCCAUUAGGGGAGCAGGACUAGUGGCUAACUCGUUACUGUUGUCAAAGAUAUAUCAUUUGUUGCGUGUUGUUCCUGGUGGUGCUACUACUGCGUCGUGGUUGAAGUCUCUCACUACGGUGGUCCGUGAGUAUCUGAUGUCCUUUCGCCCUGGUGUUGCUUGGUCUACUUUGUGUCUCCCCCGCAAGUUUGGUGGUGUUGGUCUCGUGGAUAUAGCAGAUCAAAGCUUAGCUUUGCAUCUUGUCUAUUUGCAACGUUUGUUGCGUCCACCCUCUCCCAGUGAUUUUGUCUCCUCUUGGUUGGUGUACGCUUUUCAAGUUUACACUGGUCAUAAGUCCAUCUUGCCGUGGUUUUGUUUUCCUGGUCUUUACCAGUCUCGUGUGUCUUCUGUGCCUGCUCUAACACAUCUUGGAAAGCUUCUGUUGAGAUUGCCAAAGCUAGUUCCUUCCUCUGGUUGGUCUGCUAGGUGGUUUCUUGAUCUUCCCUUGUGUUCUGUACUCAGUACUGUGCCUUCUGUUCGUCCUCCUCGUGAUCCAUCAUCUCUUGAUCCUCGUUUCUUGGUGUCGGAUGUCUCUUUCUGGCAACCUGAUCUAGGUAUAGUUGAUGGUGUCACCUCUCAUCUUGCUUGGUCAUCUCGUGUUUUGCGCCCUGUUUUUCUUGCCUUGAACCGUGAUCGUGGUCCUGUCUCUCUGGUAUUCCCGCCUGUCAUGGAUAGUAAGAUAGUCUUGUCUCAAGCAGACUAUUUUGCUAUGCCCCGUUCUGAUGGUGCUACCUCUUGGAUGCCAGAUUGUACACAUUGGACUGUCUCCAACUCGUCUCGUUCUGCUGCUCCGGUUGCUCGUCUCUCUCUUGGUGCUUUGCGAAGGUAUUGGCACCCUGCAAAGGGUACCAUUACCUCUCGUAUGGGUCCUCCCUUGAAGUUGCCUGCCCAUUUGUUGCUGUCUCCUGCUUUGUGGCGUCUUUUCUGGUCCCUGGAAAUGCCUGCAAAGGCUUUCACACCUUGGUGGCGAUUGCUACAUGACCGUGUCCCGCACCGCUCGUGGUGUCAUAAGAUUAUGCCUACAAAAGUUCUGUCUCCUGCUUGUGCUCUUUGUGGUUUUGCUACAGAGGACCUUUACCAUUUCGUGGUGGGUUGCCAUGUCAAGUCAUUUUUCUGGCAGGAUGUAGUCUCUUUGUUGUCACUUCAAGAGCUACUCCCCUCUGCUUCUUCUAUUUGGUUGGCGCUGACUACCUUUUGUAGUGGUUCGGAUUUGUUGGUGAUCGAUGAGGAUGUUCUGAUUGCUCUUGGUGCUGCUUACAGUACACUUUGGAAGUAUCAUUGGCGAUGCGUCAUAGACGAGGAGCCUUGGAUAGCUUCUGCUGCUAUCAACAUGGUCCGUCAAGACCAUAGUACACUCUUUUCUUCUCUUUCUUUGGCAAGUGUUCAAGCUGGCACCUUGGCCUUGCCUGUAAUUACUGUAUAG